GCUCGCACGCCCGGGGCUGCAGAGACGCGGCGGGCAGCGGCGACUCGGGGCUGGCCACUCGGCGCGGCUCCCCGGGUUAUUGCGCUCUCCUGUCCCCGUGGCCCUCGGCCGUCCCUUCUGCUCUCGCAGACCCCCCCACGACCCCUCUCUCUGUCUCUUUCUCUCUCUCCGCCUUUUUUUUUUUCUCCUUUUUUUGCCCGGGACUGGAUCCUGGUGGGAAACGGGCAGAAGAGCGCCCGGGUGGAAAUAAGGCAAAGUCCGCGGGGCGCAACAGGUCCGGCCAGGGCGGCGGGGGACGCGCGCGCGCGCUCCCCUGGAUUGCAGGGGGUCGCGGCCGCCCACCCGCGGGGCCGCCUUCGGGUCCGACCCUCCGAGAGCAGCGGCCGGAGCGUGUCCCCGGGUGCCCGUCCCCGCGCCCGCGCUGCCAGCCACGAGUUGGGUGCCGGCGGCCGGGCCGAACUCGGCGAGCCCCACGCCCGUGCUUCCGACGGCGGCCGUGGGAGGGGGGGAGCGGGCGCGAGGCGACCCCGACCCCGCGAUGCUGGGGAAGAAGCCCGCGGGGAAAGGGGCGGCCCGCGAGCCGGGCGCGCACACCCCGGGCCCCGCCGGCCCGCGCUGCGCCCGCGCGCUGCCCCCCUGCGCGGCCCUGGCCGCCCUCCUGGCCGCGGUGGCCGUGCUGUCCUGCUUGUACCUGGGGGUGAAGACCAACGACCUGCAGGCGAGGAUCGCCGUCCUCGAAGCGGCCAAAGGCGACCCUGCCUUCCGCGUGCCGCCCGCCGCCUACCUGGACGAGCUGAAGGCGAUGGUGCACGAGAAGGUGGAGCAGCUUCUGGCUCAGAAAUCCUAUGAACAUAUGGCUAAAGUCAGGAUCGCCAGAGAAGCGCCUUCCGCAUGCAACUGCCCGGCAGGACCUCCUGGGAAACGAGGCAAAAGGGGUCGGAGAGGAGAGUCUGGUCCUCCUGGUCAGCCCGGUCCCCAGGGCCCUCCCGGCAUGAAAGGUGACAAGGGAGAACAAGGUGAUCAGGGACCUCGGAUGGUGUUUCCUAAAAUCAAUCAUGGCUUUCUCUCUGCUGACCAGCAGCUCAUUAAACGCCGCCUGAUUAAGGGUGACCAAGGACAGGCCGGCCCCCCAGGACCCCCCGGCCCUCCAGGCCCCAGGGGCCCUCCCGGGGACACGGGGAAGGACGGCCCCCGAGGAAUGCCUGGUGUGCCCGGCGAGCCAGGAAAACCAGGAGAACAAGGCAUAAUGGGACCAGUGGGCCCUCCUGGACAAAAGGGUUCUGUUGGAGCACCUGGACUUCAAGGGCUGAAUGGGCAAAAGGGUGAUGCUGGGUUGCCCGGAGCAGAAGGACAGGGUGGAAUUCCUGGGCUAAAAGGAGAACCUGGAGAAAGAGGCGAAAAGGGAGAUGCUGGAGAGAGCGGCCCCAAAGGAGACCCGGGUGCAAAGGGCGAUCCUGGAUCCUCUGCUGCAGGAAUUAAGGGUGAACCCGGAGAAUCUGGUCGGCCAGGGCAAAAGGGUGAACCCGGGCUUCCUGGGCUUCCUGGACUUCCGGGGAUAAAGGGAGAACCCGGUUUCAUUGGUCCCCAAGGAGAACCAGGCUUACCAGGCUUGCCAGGAACAAAGGGUGAGCGUGGGGCGCUGGGGCCCCCAGGAAGAGGAGAGCGCGGAGAGCCUGGCGUCCCGGGACCCAAGGGAAAACAAGGUGAAUCAGGAACUAGAGGCCCAAAGGGGUCCAAGGGUGAACGAGGUGACAAAGGUGACUCAGGAGCGCUGGGACCAAGGGGUCCUCCCGGACAGAAGGGGGACCAAGGCGCCACGGAGAUCAUCGACUACAACGGCAACCUCCAGGAAGCCUUGCAGAGGAUUACCACCUUAACUGUCACGGGGCCCCCUGGACCACCCGGACCCCAAGGACUACAAGGACCAAAGGGAGAGCCCGGAUCUCCAGGAACCCCCGGAGCUGAUGGAGAGCAGGGACUCAAAGGAUCCAAAGGAGAUGUGGGGGACCCAGGCGUGCCCGGGGAGAAAGGCGGGAUCGGACUGCCCGGGUUACCGGGCGCCAACGGGAUGAAGGGAGAGAAAGGAGACUCGGGACUGCCUGGUCCUCAAGGCCCUUCUAUCAUCGGACCCCCAGGACCACCGGGCCCCCACGGCCCCCCGGGACCCAUGGGACCCCACGGACUUCCCGGGCCAAAGGGUACAGAUGGCCCUAUGGGACCCCAUGGCCCUGCAGGUCCCAAAGGAGAACGAGGUGAAAAGGGAGCAGCAGGCGAGCCGGGACCCAGAGGCCCCUACGGCCUGCCUGGGAAGGACGGAGAACCUGGUCUCGAUGGUUUCCCGGGUCCACGAGGCGAGAAGGGCGAUCUAGGAGAGAAGGGAGAGAAGGGCUUCCGUGGCGUUAAGGGGGAGAAGGGGGAGCCGGGCCAGCCUGGCCUGGACGGGCUGGACGCUCCUUGCCAAUUGGGGCCAGAUGGAUUACCCAUGCCUGGCUGUUGGCAAAAGUGAUGACGCUAACCGCCCCGAGCAUGAAGUUGUGUAUAUACAUGGUCUGCUUUUCAUAUUUAUAGUUGCAACUCAAACUGCAGAUUUGACAAGCCUGAUAUGUGUGUAUCUGUAGCUGCUUCCUCCCACGUGCCAUAGUACACGUGUCCGUAGUGCGUCUGUCCCCCCGAAGCUGGGCGGUCCGUAAGGCCAGAGCCUGCCAGUACCAGGGCUCAGUUCCUCCUUGUCUUACGGGCAGACGGGUACUAACACGGACAGACCCCGACGGAGAAUGACCGUUCCUGCCAUUUUCUUACUUUGGGCUUGUUACUUGCAUGGACAGAAAGUGCCAUGAAACCGUUUACAUGCGAUCGUGACCAAAUACGGACUCCAGCCUGCGACAGUGUCCGGAACUGACCCUACCUAGCGCUUCCCGCCCCGUGUCCCCUUGGCUCUGAGCAUGGACGUGUGUGCACACGGCACCCACUGAGACCCACUCUAGACGCAUGGCCGGGCCACCCGCCGGUGGCCGCUCAGCCGCAGUGCUCGCAUGCUGCCCCCGGCGUCCGUUGCUCACCUCUAAGCUUGGCUUUUCUUUCCUCUGUCGUCCCAAGGGCGUGACACCAUGGCUGAUUGCCAAAAAGAGGUAAGGCGGCUAGAGCGCAGACACACGCGCGCGUCUUGCAGUUUGAGGGAGCUGCGUCCUGACAGCUUCUGGUUUGGUGGGCUCCCGUGGCCCGUUGGUUGGAAGGGCCAAGUUGUGGGAGCUGUUGGCUGCACCCAGUUUGGAGACAAGGCAAGCGGAGCCUUCUGCGUCCUGCACGGGCUCACGUGUGACCACGUAGGAAGAGGCUCCCAGACCAGGCAUCCAGCGCGGACGACUCUUUCUCAUAGACUGAAUUCCAGCCGGCGUUGGGAUGGAUGCUCGAUGGCAGGAGCGCAGACCGCUUCUUUGGGGUAGGAGAUUCUUGCAGCGGCGGCCCCUGUUUCUGAGGACAGAUGCUGGGCCCCCCCAAAGGCCAGUUGCUGGAGAAAUAACACGCCUGAGAGGGAUCGACCGAGGGACUUCUCCUGAGGAGGGGGUGAGCUGGGUCUCCGUCUCAGCGGCCCCUCCUUCCCAGCUCAGACCCUUUCACACGUUUCCUAUGAACAUUUCGAUACGGAAAGAUGUUUUCCUUUCUUUGAAAAACUUGUUCUGUUCUUUUCUUUUCUUUCAAUUGUCCCAGGAAUGUUAAGAAAAGAUUUGUUUCUUUUUGUGUCACACUUUGAGGAAAUAUAUUUUUUUUUUAGAACUCAGAGUAACUUGGUACGCAGGUGUGAAGAUGACCUUGCAUUCACUUCUCUUUUGUCCUGAAUAAUUGAAGCGAUAUAAAAGGAGUCUUUGCUUUCACUGAAUGUCACUGUAAAGUAGCAAAGUGAAGCUAUUUUUUUUUCAGUGCUUUUCUUUUCUUUAUUUUUUUAUGUGAUAAUAGAAUGAAUAUAGUGAUUACCAGUAAAGAUAAAGCCGAGGAUUGGUCACAUUUGAUAGUAUGAAUUUAUUUCUGGUUCAGGGCUAAAGUUUAUUUGUAUUUUGACUUUUUCAUCUUCUUUUUUUUUCUUUUACAUUUCUAAAUGUUUGACUUGCCCUCUGAUCCGCAGAUGGAAACUGAGCCCUCAGAAAGCUGUGAAAUGGAAUUGCUAGAGAGUAUUUUUCAACUCUUGCUGAAAAGUUGCUAACAGUGUUUGAUCGGGCUUUUCUUGGCACAGUAGCAGGUGGGCAGUGCAUUUUGAAGUGGCUUUUUCUAAGUGGGAAGGUCACAUGCAGACAGACAUCUCUCAUGGACAGUAGUUCUCUUUAAAGGAAAACAAGCCCAUUUGCUAAUUCUAAUGAUAGAGAAGAUACUGAUUAUAAGAUAUAGAGCAUAAGAUCUUCGUGAUCUCUUUCAUAUCAUAGAACCAAAUGCUUAAUUAUACAAAUAGUCUUUUUUGUUUGUUUGUUUUCACUAAGCUUUCAAGAUUGAAAAGAUGUGCAAACUGUUCCAUCAGUGUAAUUGGUACUGUUUCUCGUAACAUUCCACACACCGAGGUCAAGUCAAAGCAUUUUUAAAACAACAAAGGGCAUUUUCUAACCCUCUCUUAUAUGACGCGGUUAGGAUAAGGUUUUGUUGUCAGAAAUAAUUCAUUGUAACUGGUAUGGACAAAGGAAAUAGUCUCUCCAGGGGGAAAAAAAAAAAGAGUAGUUGGUGUCUUGAGAAAAUUCCGGUGGUUAGCUUUCUUCCUAUCUUCUCCUCCAGUAAAAAGCAGUUACUAGAGAAAGAAUCAGGAGGUAUUAAGCAUCCCUAAAAAUGUGGAUGGCUUCAAAAGAGAAUAUUUCAACAUCAUAAAAGAUAACUUUUAGUAACCCCACAAAAAAAAACGUUUUGAGCAUCCAAUUUUUAGGAUGUAUAUCUAUGUGUAUAUGUCAAGUUUUAUGCUCUACAAUUAAUUGGACAUUGAGUUUUUAGUCCAUAAUUAAAGGACCCUAUAAACUUCGUUGACAUUUAUUUCCUUGGGGUUAAAAAAAAAAAAAAAGAUGAUCGUACUCCUGUUAUCAGUAGACUCUUUGGAAUUACUACAUCUCUACCACCAGGUUGAAUCCUUAACUUUAGGCUAUUCAAGCAUUGCGAGUCUAUUUUGUCUUCAAGAUAGAGAAGCCUCAGAUAAUUGCCAAAUGAACUCAUGGAUUAUGGUUGUCAAUAUGUGUUGGCAGAUCCCUAUUUUUCUUAAAUAUUUCUUUCUUUUCCUUUAUAUGACUGGAUAGAGGGCUGGGAGAAAAUACGUAAAAGGCACAUUGGAAAAGAGUCAAGGUCGGGUUUUAUUUGUGAGAAACGUCUUUUAGGGAUGCCAAACUGGUGUGUGCUUGAGCUUUGAAAUUCUUUCCCAAAGCAGAGAGAAGGCAAGGGGUGAGGCCGCUCCUCACAGGAUGCCGACCCCAGUUCAAUCCCCGCACUGCGCACAGUCCCCUGAGGUGUGACACAGCCCCUCUCCAAACUCUCUCCAUUCAUGUUGGUGCUCAUGUAUAUCUUCUCUUUUCCUUUAUGCAACCCUAGAUGAUUUCAUUUCUCUGUUUAAUAGCAUUCCUAAACUGUUUGCGUGUGAUUUUAUUUUUCAAUUUCAUGAAUUUGCUACAAUUACGGUUCAGUGGCCAGUCAUUUUUAAUGGAAGGCAAAACAAAACAGUGUUCUGUAGGUGAUGUGUGUUAACCUGGAUCUCGGACCCUCUUAUUUCAUGUGGAUUUCGUAUAACAUAUGCCCAAUGACCUCUCAUCUCUGACCUAAUUUAAGCAUGAGAAAACCAGUGUUAGACAAGUCUGCACAUGUGUAUGUCACAUAAAUAUGCCUACAUUUUCUUCCAGUUUCAUUUUUAUUAUGAAAAGCAGUCUUGGCAAACUUUUCUCUCUUAGUUGAGUUUAUAGAAAACAUGAGACUCUUGAAUUUCUACCAAAAAAGAGUCUGUUCUUGAAUUUACUUUCUGUGAUGAGGGUUUGAUUGGGACAGACAGAAUUUAAGCAUCCAGUGGACAAUUCUACUGUGAAUGUUCUAAUUAAUAUACACUAAAUUAGUGUGCACACUAAUUUGGAAAAUGGUCAAAUAGGAAAUAUGUCCCAAUAUCUUGUUUUUUUAUCACUUAGAGACAAUGCUUAAUUUUCCAAGUUAUUUUUAAUGUUACAAUUUAGCAUAAGAAGUUAACACUACUCUAUAUCUUUCUUUGCCAUUAAAUAUUUUCUUAAUCAGAAAUAAUUUACGUUUGUCUGAUGAGUGGUGUUUCAAUAUCUUCUAACAAAUAAUCAUAGGAUACAUGAUGCUGAUACUUGACAAAAAUAGUGAUAUUGAAACAGUGCUUUUAUCUAUUUCUUUAUAUUCAAAUUGUACUAAUAUUUAACAUUAUCAAAAGUAAAGAUUUUUGUUUUUACCAAAAUAAAAACAGAACCACUGCUACCUUUAGAAAGAUAUAUCCAUAGCAACCUAACAUUAUGUUCUCAAAAAUAACAAUUUAGGACAAUCAUAUGUGAUUCAGGGUAUUAUAAUCAUUCACUCCAGCAAAAUUAAUAUUAUGACCAAUUAUGAAUUUGACGAAGUAUUUAUAAUAAAAGAACCUCCAAUUCCUACUUUUUCCCACUUUUAUUAAUUUAUCUUCAUAUUGGCUAGAUUUAUUAUAUGACUGGAAAAAAUACAUUUUCAACUUAAAUUUUUUUAUGGAUUUGGUUUUGCUAAUCCAAUGCUGACACAUGUCAAUGAACUUCUAAAGUUUAAAAAUAUGUGUUUAAAUGCUUAAGAUUCUACGUGCUGCCUUAUGAUAGAUGUCCUUCAGAAAACAGACUUCUCAAAACUUAUCUGUGUGUUUGAUUUACUGAUACUGUUAAUGAACAAAAAUGCCAACAUUUCUCAAAAAUAUAUGAAUACUCUCCCAUAUCUCAGAAAUAUUGAUAGAUUGGAUUCACAAAAGAAUGUCUUACAUAUUGUUGACAUUUAUGUGAAUAUUCUUUAUACUGUUGUAAAUGUUUCAUGCAACCUAAUAACAUUUUUAAAAGAUGUAUGUAUCUGAUUUUCCUUUAGAAAAUAUUAUAUUUUUAUUUGUAUUUUUUACAUUUUAAAGUUCACCUCUGUGUGCAGCUAUUUUUAUAUUGCCAGGAAUCACAUAAAUACAAAGUAAGAAGAAAAUGAAAAAAAAAUAUUUUGGCGAGCAUUACACUGCAUAUUUUUUCUUAAUGUUUGGUGGGUCCGUCUCAUGAACUUGAUUAUUCUACGAAUAUGCUGUGUUUUAUCACUGUAAAUAUGGCACAAACCUGUUUUAUCAGUCGUGUAAAUAAUUGAAAGAUUUAAUGAUCCCUGUUAUGUUUCUUAUUUCAAUUUCAAUUUAAUUUCUUGAGCUGCCAUUGCUGAAUUAAAAGCUGUGUGUGGGUUUUGAUUUGCAGUUUAGAGUUAACUGCUUUGUAUUUGGUUUCUAAUGUGUUUUCCAUUUGCUUUUUUAACUUGUUUCCAGAGUUCCUAGUUUGUGAGAAGUUGAUCUUCGGAAUUAUUUUUACACUAUUUAUGACUUAUUUUCAUAAUGUAAAAAGUGUGUAAUUAUGACAGUAUUCAUCAAACAAUGGUAAUGUAUUGUUAUAAAGUUUUCUUGAUGUCCAUGAGCACUUGGCCUGUCUUCCCUGAUUUACACAAUCCAUAAAAAUUUUUUUUCCUUCUCUGCAA